UCAUGGGGGAGAGUCUGUAGAGCCUUUCCCCGCCAGCGUCCUCGCUCUUCGGCUUCUCGAGUUAACCUGGUUGUUUGUCACCGCUGAGGCCGUGGCUGCGAGCGGAGCGACCCGCUGUGCGGCUCCUGGGUCCCUCUACCUCGUUCGUUGGUGUGGCCCUAAUGGUGCGGCAGCCUCUGGACUCCUAAAGCUCUGGCGCGGUGUUGUAAUCCUGAUUAUUUGACAAAUGCCAGAAUGUACCUCAGCAGCCUAGAACUAAUUUUGCAAACCGUUUCUACAGAAUUUAAGAAGAUUUUGUUCACGUGUAUGGCAUAGAAGAUGAAUUCUUCCUCCUCCACAAUGAAUGAAGAACCUGAUGCUCUCUCAGUAGUUAACCAGCUACGGGAUCUAGCAGCAGAUCCAUUAAAUAGAAGAGCCAUUGUCCAGGACCAGGGAUGUCUGCCUGGCCUUAUUUUGUUUAUGGACCAUCCCAACCCCCCUGUUGUCCACUCAGCUUUGCUUGCUCUGCGGUACUUGGCGGAAUGCCGUGCUAACAGAGAAAAGAUGAAAGGAGAACUGGGGAUGAUGUUAAGCUUGCAGAAUGUUAUACAGAAGAGUACAACCCCAGGAGAAACAAAACUGCUGGCUUCUGAAAUUUAUGACAUUCUUCAGUCUUCCAAUAUGGCAGAUGGUGAUAGUUUCAAUGAAAUGAAUUCACGUAGAAGGAAAGCUCAGUUUUUUCUGGGAACUACAAACAAACGUGCCAAAACAGUGGUUUUGCACAUAGAUGGUCUUGAUGAUACGUCUCGGAGAAAUCUCUGUGAAGAGGCUUUGUUAAAAAUUAAAGGUGUUAUUAGCUUUACUUUUCAAAUGGCUGUUCAAAGAUGUGUGGUGCGGAUCCGUUCAGAUUUGAAAGCAGAGGCUUUGGCAUCAGCGAUAGCAUCAACCAAGGUUAUGAAAGCUCAGCAAGUUGUGAAAAGUGAAAGUGGAGAAGAGAUGUUGGUCCCAUUCCAAGAUACGCCUGUGGAAGUAGAACAGAACACAGAACUGCCCGACUACCUGCCUGAGGAUGAGAGUCCCACAAAGGAGCAAGACAAAGCAGUGUCCCGGGUCGGCUCACACCCAGAGGGUGGAGCUAGCUGGCUGAGCACAGCUGCAAACUUUUUAUCCAGAUCGUUCUACUGGUGACUUCACUUUGGGUCUCAAGGACUGUGUGAACCAACAAGGGGCCAGUUUUCCAUUGUUGUGGUGAACUGUCAAGUGCAAUUUGCAAUAAGUUAUCAUGAAAAGUUUUUAGAUUACAUGAUUGCGUAUGCUGCAUUUUACAUUUUAUUGGACAUUUUGCCCCACUCAGUGGUAAAAAGGACAGAGGCUACAGGUGGAGUUCUUUGUUUAUGAAGGUAUUUUGGUUUUGUUUUCCUUUAAUUGCCUGACUUUUAAAAAAACAUGGGUCCACUGUUAAACCAAACAUAUAUAUGUGCAGCUUUACAUUUUUAUUUUACAUGAAGCACGUGAUUAGGAAAACUCAUUUCUCCUCAAGCCUCAGGACCUAUCUGAAGAGAAGGUUUUUUUUUUUUUGUUUUUGUUUUAAGCUCAAGUCGUGCAUGAAUUACUGAACAUUUUUCUCUACUUUUCUUCAUGAAAGAUACUUGCUUUGGGAUUCUUCACUGAAAUUGAAAACAUUUCUCAUUAUCCCCCUUUUGUGCCUUUUUUAUUUUGCCAACCAUGUUUAUAGAAAGAACAUUACUAUAGAGACAUUUUGUGAUUUAAAAUAAUAUCCAUAUGAACAUAGCAGUCCCCUAAGACCACAAGCCUACAAAAACCUUGCAGUCUUACUUGUUGUAAUUUUAAAAAGAUCAACACAAAAUCAGCCGAGAAGAAGGAAACAUGUAUAUUAGCAAAGUACUAUUGGAAACUAUUUGAAUGUGAUCAGAUGUGGUUCCAGUUGACUAUUGUUCAGUUUGGUUUAUAUCAGCUCUUAAGAGUUCCGUCCAGCAUAAUACUGGGAGCAACUAUAAAUGGUCUCUAGGCCUUACUUUGUGAUCAUAUACCAUCUCUUGCUAGGAAAAAAAAAAUAGUAAAGAACUGACAAACUUGAAAAAAGAAAACAAAAAUUGAAUGCCUAUAAUGCCAUAGUGCCAUUUGGUAGAGUCUAACCUUAAAGCAUGAAUUGCUUGGCAGAUGCCUAUUCAGUAGGUGUUUCCUUGUAUUGCCUUUUGUGAAUUUAUUAUGAACAUGCGAUCGAACUGAAUGAAAGAAAGACUCAAAUUAUUGCUUAUAAAGAAAUAAAGCCAGCAUUGGUCCACUUAAUCUUGUUCUCAUGUCCAGCCAGAAAAAAAGAACUUCAGUGAAGGUAAGAUAAAUAAAUAUAAAUAUAUAUACAUAUAUAUUUUUGGUAGAUAAGAGCUAAUUACAUAUAUGUAAUGCUUUAUUAAAUUUCUGAAAUAUUUGACAACUAAAAUUUUCCUUUUGGAAAUCCAGCUAAAUCCACAUAAAUUUUAGUGCUAAUAUGAUUAAGAAACUAAUAUGGAGAGAUUGAAAUUCUUUUUCAUCAACAUGUAGAGCUGCUAUUUUAUUGCUUGUGGAGAAUGUGAAGUGAAAAUUGGACCCUGGAGGGUUUCCUUGCAUUUUCAUCGCUUCUCUUUUAGAGAAAAUUAAAAACGUCCAGUGUCACUGGAAAAAAACUGUAAAAUACUUCACCAACAAGAAUCUUGAGUUCACGACCUUCUGGAGGGAGGGGUAGCGAGGGGAUUGGGAAUGAUAUUUUUCAUGUGUCUGGGCACUGAUUCAGAUGACACGCACAACUGAAAGUAGAAGCUUUCAGGGCAUGUAUUGCUUUAAAUGCAUAAUACAACUUGCUGCCAGAACCAGAUGUGUUGAAAAACGAAAACAAAACCACCUCCUUUUGAUAGCCAUUAAAACAAAGUUUACUGUUUGUUUUAACAAGUUUGUAUUUUAUUUUGCAUUGCCACACAUCUGCCUAUUUAAAAAACUACAUCUCUUUGGUAGUAAUGGCUCAGUACAAGUAGGUAUUACAGCUUGAUGUCUGUGUGUUCUAAUUCUAAGUGUUCUUUUAUUCCAGGUCUUAUAGAGCAGUUAAGGCAACUGUAACGGCAUUUUUUGAAAUAUAUUGUAAAAUAAUAAAAGGUAACAUAAUUAAAAUUGAAUGGAUAUUGCA